CACUCCCGAGGUGCUGCGGGAGCCUUCGGCUGCCCCUGGCAACAGCGUUGUGUGCCUCUGCCAUCGCAGCUGCUCCACAAUGGCUGCCCCACGUCCUGCUCCUCCGCUCCCUCUCCGUGCUGCACAGGCUCCGGACGCGGCCCCCGAGAUGUCCGUGGGUCUGGAGGAGAAUCUGAGCAGGGCGUUCCAGGACAAGCUGCGGCUCCAGACAGUGCCGCCAUGGGACUCGGUGUCUCUGCUGCCCUCCAGGCGCCUGCUGCUGAAAAGGAGGGAGGUGGUGGAGGUGGAGCGAGCCCUGCAGGCCCAGCGGGAGGACUUCCAGCGGCGGAUGGAGCGCGUGGCACAGCGCCGGCGGCAGCUGGGCCAGCGGGAAGAGCAGCUCCGUGACGACACCAUCAAAUUCAACGCCUUCCUCAAGGCCAUGUCGGCGAGGCAGCAGCGGGCGCAGCAGCGGGCGGGCGAGGAGCGGGCGCGGGCGGCACAGCGCGGAGCAGAGGCCCUGCGGCUGCAGCAGGAGCUGGGGGGGCUGCAGCGGCACAGGGAGCAACUGGGACGGCGCCUGCGGAGCCUCCGCGUCUUCGGCGAUUUCCUGCAGGAUGCGCGGGCGGCCACGGGGCAGGACAUUCCGGCCAUGCUGGCCCAUUUUGGGGUGCUGGCGGAGGCACGGGCAGUGCUGCUGCGGCAGGCGGAGGCCGGGCGGGAGGCACUGGCCCAGGGCAGGGCUCAGCUCCAGCAGUGCUGCGAGGAGGCUGACAGCGAGCUCACGAGCGGGAAUGAGGAGGUGCUCCAGCUCCGUGCACGCCUGGAAGCCGCCCGCCGUGACGUGCUGGAGGGGGAGUCCCGCUGGGCCCAGCUGCAGGCUGCAGCAGCCCAGAAGACGCUGCUGCUGGGGCAGAUCCGCAUGGCGGUGCUGAGCCUCUUCCAGCUCGCCGCCACCAGGCUGGAGGUCCCCAGGGACGUGGCCCUGGAGGACACAGAGGCACAGCUGGACGUGCUGCUGCGCUGCAUGCAGGACCUGGCUGCCAUGUGCACUGAGCUGUGCCCCAAGGAGCUGGGGCUGCGUCCUCAUGUGCCUGCCACCACCACCACCACACACCCACCACAUCACAGGGCUGUCACCAUGCCUCCCAGCCAGGAAUAGAUGGACCUUAGGGGACAGAGAAGCAUGGACGUCACUCCCCAACAAGUCCAGUGAAGGAUGAAGGGAAAUGCCCAAGGACAGAACCUGGGCCACUGGUGCCCUGCUGCAAGGCACCAGGAUGGACAAAAGCAGAGUAGCUGCUCAUCUUCAGGCUG